AUGGGAAGACGUAAAUUAUUGGUGAAUUUGGGCAAAACGGGACGACAAUGCGAUAUUAUGAACCGAGAAGAUCUAUUACAACUUAUCGAUAACAACCGUGAAACUAGUUCUGAAAAUCCGAAACGACCUUUUAAAGAAGAUGAAAGCUUACAGAACAUAAGCGAUGGAUUUUUCGACAAAAAUGCUGUGUUGGCCGAUGAAGUUAUUGAACAUCUUAUAGAAGACCUUGAUGUGUCAGCGAUGAAGACAAAUGAGUAUCAGUUAACUUCGCAAGAUAAGUCCCCAUGUUCUGUGUACUCUAGGUCGGUCACACCAGUUCACUCUCAAUCUGAAAUACAAAUUAAUUCAGAAAAUGUUUAUGUUGAUAAUAGAGAUUCUCCGAGCAAAUUAUCGGAUACACCAACGCCCUCAGAAUACAACUCAUUUACUUCAAGUCCGCCGCAUCCAUUAUCAGAAUUAGAUCAAAAUAUCUGUUUAAUAAACUCAGGCAGGCCAUCGAGUAUGUCACUAAUUUCAAACUGUCAAUCUUCUAUAAGCAACACUAGUGAUGCUUCUUCGGCGGUGGAGGCAUCAAGUGAAUGUUCUACACCUUCGUCGUUAAACGGUAGAAAAAGACGUCAGUUCAGUAUUGAUAGAUCAAAGAAAAGGCGAUUGAGAAAUAAAGACAAGUGGAUUGAUACAAGACGUAAAUUACUAUUAAAUUCAGGUAAACAAUAUCAGUCCAGAAAUGGAAAAUUGCAACCUGCGAAACAUCUUAAGCCGGCAUGUGUUAUUUGCAAGUUUAACUGUAGCGCAAAAAUAUCUCACGAAGAUAGAAAACUUAUCUUUGAUCGUUUUUGGGAUCUCUGUGAUCACGAAAAGCAAUGGGUUUUUAUAGGUAAAUAUACAAAACGUUGUAUGAAACGAAGAAUUACUACAGAGAAUGAUUCUAAACGCCAACACAGUGUAAACUAUACACUUCCAAUAAAUUUAAAAGAAACCAGCCCUAGAACUGUAAAAGUAUGCAAAACAAUGUUUAAGAAUACGCUGUCGGUAAGUAAUCAGUUUAUACAGAGUGCUCUUGAUAAAUAUGACAAAAGUACUGGUAACUGUGAAAAAGACUUCAGAGGUCGUCAUAACAAUAAAAACGAGGUUUGUACAGCCGCCAUAAUAAAAGGUGUGUGUGGUCAUGUAAACUCGUUUCAACCAGUGGAGUCACAUUACACAAGAAAAGACACAAACAAAGUUUACUUGGCUGAUUUAAAUUUCUCCACGAUGUUUAAGUUGUACCAGACUUGGGCAGAGGAAAAUAGUAUUGUGGAGAGGGUACACACAGCGCGCCAGUACCGAGACAUAGUUAACAAGGAAAUGAACAUAGCCUUUUAUAUUCCUAAAAAAGACCAGUGCGACGUGUGUAUAGCAUUUAAAAAUUGCCUUCCUUCACAAACCAGAACACAAGAUCAGUACAAUAAACAUAUACAAGAUAAAAAUAUAGUGAGAUCUUUGAAGAAACAAGACAAAAAUGAAGCUACUUCUAAUCCUGAAACUGUAACUUCGGCUACCUUUGAUUUUCAAAAAAUUUUGUCGACACCACACGGAGAAACCAGUUCAUUUUAUUAUAAGCGUAAACUUUCUGUCAUUAAUUUUACUGUUUUUGAUAUGGGACUUAAAAAAGGAAUAUGUUAUAUGUGGCCUGAAACUAUAGCUAAGCGGGGUUCGAACGAAGUAGCUAGUUGCCUUUAUAAUUUUAUACAACAAUCAACUAAUAGAGGCAUCAAAGAUAUCCGCCUGUGGUCCGAUAACUGUGGCGGUCAGAACAGGAACCGUAUUGUGUUUCUGAUGUAUGUAUACUGCUCUCAAAAGUAUAGCAUUGAUAUUCAUCACAGAUUUUUGGAGAAGGGUCACACCCAGCAAGAAGGCGAUAGUGUCCACGCAUUAAUUGAGAAAUCGUCGAAGAGAAAAUUCAUUUUUUGUCCUGAAGAAUGGUAUACACUCGUUCGGUGGUGUAAAACGUCCGGCGAUGCUUAUGAGGUUAUAGAAAUAACACAAGACCAAAUUUUGGAUUUCAAAAUAUGUUUAUAUGAUUUUAAAUUGACAAAAAAUACCGACAAUGAGAAUGUUAAGUGGAAUCAAGUUCGAGAAAUAGUCGUUAAAGCAGAGAAUCCUUACACAAUAUUUUAUAACUAUGAUCUAAAUGACGAAGAACUCAAGCGAAUUGAAUUGGUGCGAAAAGUAACUACUCGUUCCCACCGUGGCUUUAAUGAUCCCAAAAAAUGUUAUAAUGAACCCAUCAUGAUUACAAGUGCCAAGUACAAAGACUUAAUAAGCCUCUGCCAGCAAAAUCUGAUACCUCCUAGAUAUCAUAACUUUUAUAAAAAUUUGAAACAUAGUUCCUGUACUGACGGUAAUGAGACUGAAUAA